CACAAGCCUCUGACCGGAAGAAAGUCGCCCGCCAGGUUUUGUGCAGCUACAAAGACAACCAGCAUGGAGAACGACGCAGGACAGGUGGUAGAUCUCUACGUGCCGAGAAAAUGCGCUGCUACGAACCAGCUCCUGACCGCAAAGGAUCACGCAUCGGUCCAGAUCAACAUUGCAGAUGUUGACGAGGAGGGAAGAAUGAUUCCCGGCCAGGUACACUCUUAUGCCCUCUGUGGCAGCGUCAGACAAUACGGCGAGUCCGACGAGUCUGUCAACCGAUUGGCUCAACGUGAUGGCAUCGUCAAGGGCGUCUUCAGCUAUGCGCAAUAGAUUCGUCUCAUCUGCGAUUGCAUGACUUGUAUUGUCCC